UGAUUAGUCGUGCUACAUCAAAACAAACAAUACGACUGUUCGCAAAUCACCAUCAGUGGGUAAAUCCGGAUGAUUUGAAUAAACCAUUUGGUACCGGUCCAGCAGUGAACCGGGUUUUCGAUUGAAAACCUAAUAACCAAAAUUACAACAAGUGACCCAGACCAAGAAAGUAAACCCGACCCGAAUAACCCCUUAAUUAAAAUUGUUGCCGGAGAAACUCGCCUGUCUAACCUCCAAUCCAAUCCAAGACGCUUGCUUACAUGAUUCACUGUUGUUGCUGAUAUCCAGUGUGAAAUAGGUUUCACGGGUCGAACCGGUUUAUUCGAAUUUGUCCGUAUACGUUAUCAAAGCUGCCAACACCAUGAACAGGGUGCUUGCAAGGAAACUUAGGACUAAUGUCUGUGGAUCAAAACAUAUCUUUCAGAGGGCUUGUUCUACUCAUGUGACACGCAAAGUCUCUUCUACUGCUGGUUCCAAUGAGACCAAUGCAAAUUCCACUGGCGAUAGUCCUCAACAUGACAUUGCUAUUGUCGGUGGUGGAAUGGUUGGAAUUGCUUUAGCUGCUUCGUUAGCUAGCAAGCCAUUGACAAAGCACUUGAAUGUUGCUAUUAUUGACAACAAUCCUCUUUUGGGGAGAAAAAACAUCAUUGAGAAAGGGCACCUACCUGAUCCUAGAGUCAGUACCGUCACACCUGCAACAAUAUCCUUCCUCAAAGAUAUUGGUGCCUGGAAAUACAUUGAAGAACAGCGACAUGCCUAUUUUGACAAAAUGCAGGUCUGGGACUACACGGGGCUUGGAUAUACAAGAUACAAUGCUAAAGAUGUCGAUCAAGAUAUCUUGGGGUGCGUUGUGGAGAAUAAAGUUCUUCAGAGUUCUCAGCUAUCUUGUGUUCAGGAAUCAGAUCUUCAGAAGACUAUUUAUCCAGCGAGGUUAAACUCAAUGGAUAUGUUACCUAGUUCUUCUUUGACUGGUCUUGGUGAAGUACCAUCCACAGCAGAUUUAUUUAUGCGAGGGCGCCUUGCGAAACUGGAGCUAAGCGAUGGAAACAACGUCUAUGCAAAACUGGUGGUAGGUGCCGACGGGUCCAAGUCUCGAGUGAGGGAGUUGGCAGGAAUCAAAACAACAGGAUGGAACUACUCUCAGAACGCUAUAAUCUGUACAGUUGAGCACACUGUCGAAAACUUCACUGCAUGGCAACGGUUUUUACCCAAUGGACCCAUCGCACUUCUUCCUGUUGGCGACAAGUUUAGCAACAUUGUAUGGACUAUGGAUCCUACAGAGGCCUCAGAUCGCAAAUCCAUGAGCGAGGAUGACUUCAUCAAAGCUGUAAACGACGCUCUGGAUUAUGGAUACGGCCCACAUCCAGAGACGACAAGUUCAGGAGGUAGUAGUCUCUCUUGGCUUACAGGAGAUGUGAACAUAUCUGCCAAGGAGAGGUUUGAAACUCCACCAAAGGUUGUGAAGCUUUCUUCAGAGAGAAUGAUGUUUCCUUUGUCUUUAAGGCAUGCAAAAGACUAUGUUUCAAACCGUGUGGCUCUCGUGGGUGACUCUGCUCAUACUGUUCACCCCUUGGCCGGUCAAGGAGUUAAUCUAGGAUUUGCAGAUGCGAGUGCCCUCUCCAGAGCUAUAGCAGAAGGCAUCGCUCUUGGUACCGAUAUAGGCGAGGCGAAUCUGCUGAAACGAUAUGAAGCAGAGAGAAAGCCUGCAAAUAUAGCAAUGAUGGCGGUAUUAGAUGGGAUCCAGAAGAUGUAUGCAGUGAAUUUCGGACCUUUGAAUGCAUUCAGAGCGGCUGCAUUUCACGGAGCUCACUACAUUUCCCCUCUUAAAAAGCGUAUCAUAUCAUAUGCUUCCGGAGAGCAGUCUCUGCCACUCUUUUCUUGAGAAAGCCUCUCUCUUAUCAGAGAUAUUGGUCGCCUCAUACUCUCAAUCUUCUCUUCCUUUACCUUAUAGAUACUUAAUGGUUAUUGCAAAACAGCUUCUCUAGUGUAAUGUGACCUGUAUCUUUGAAUUUUAUCUUUCAGAAUAAAAUCUUGUAUUAUGUGAUAAAAUUAAAGAGAAGUUGCAUUGCAUAACCUUCAAACAUUUAAUAAUUCACUAGACAACUAAAAAAAAUUUGAUUGUGAUAUUCAACGAAUUUUGUGUUUUA